AUGGAUAUCCGUAUUGCAACAUUUGCUUUAAGCGCACUCUUAAUUGCAGGCAUUGCAUCCGCGCCAGUAUUCGGACAGACUACCUCGGCAAUAGCUAUUAUUACCGAUCAGGAAUCCUACACGAACGGCGACACGAUCACAGUCACAGGCAACAUCAAUGCGAACACAGGAGACGGACUGACCAUACAGGUCAUAAGCCCGACAGGUAACAUAGUAGCAGUAGGCCAAGCAGACGUAGCUUCUGAUGGAGCGUUUGAGACCACGAUUGCCACAGGCUCCCUGUGGUCGGUACAUGGAGCAUACACCAUAAAGGUGCAGUAUGGCGAUACCAGAUCAGGCGAGACAACCAUCGAGUUUACUGCCGCUAGUCCACCCGACACAGGCGGCACAGGAGAUAUGGAAGCAGAGCUGACAAGCGAGUACCUCUUCACUGUAGGUGAAGACGAGGUCGGCAUACGAUACGAUUCAGGAACCAACACCAUUGUUGCAAUGGCAGCUAACUUGGAUUCCAAGAGCCUAGUAAUCGAGGUGGACGUAGCCAAUGACGGCGAGAUCGUCAUUGCCCUGCCCAGGCAUCUAAUCGAUGCCAAGGAUCAGGUAAGCGAUAGCUGCAACGCAGACGGCGCAGAUGUCGCCUACAUCGUUCUGGUGGACGGUGAGGAGACAUGGGUCACAGAGGUUGCACGCGAGGCAGCAAGAACGCUGACCAUACCGGUCAAUGCAGGAGCGCAGGAGAUUGAGAUCUUUGGCACAUGCAUAGUACCAGAGUUCGGCACCAUUGCCAUACUGAUUCUGGCGGCUGCAAUAGUCUCGAUAAUAGUGGUCUCUGGCAGGACAAGACUGUCCAUCAUGCCCAGAUACUAG